UCGAGUGAAGUGUUUGGAUGCACAGUAGACUGAUGGAAAGUUCAGCUUCUCUGGACUGAGUCGCAGUUGCUUUCUGUGGAGUUUACUUCAGGGACAUCAACCUCAGAGGUGCUCUUCUCCGCUCAACAUUGCACAUCCAGCAAUAUAUCGGCGUUAGGAAAGCUCCAUCAAUCUCAGGUUUAGUGUCGGUUUCAUUUUCCGCGGAAGCAAACUUAGUUUCGGUUUAGCUUCUCGCCUGAAUAUUCUGACUCCCCAACGCAGGCAGGCGGUUACACCUUCUCUUCCAACCUUUGAGGCUCGGCUGUGAUCCGAUUGAGCGCUGGUUGUGAGAAGACAGCAUGUCUGUGAUAACAUCGCGGCUUACAGAAGAAGACCUGAAACUAGUGUUUGAAACUCUUGGUAAAGUCAAGUUGCAUUUUCUCUAUAAAGCCAGCAUCCAUGGGUUUCAUACCAGAUAUUUCUUUGAAAAAUGCACCAAACAAGGACCAACAUUAACUGUUGGCUACAUGGGGUCAAAUUGCAUUUUUGGAAGUUACAUAAGCCGAGACCUUAGCAAUUAUGAAAAUCGAAUAGACAACAGAGCCUUUCUCUUCCGAAUAGCCAACACAGGGGCAGAAAGAGUGAUUACAAAGUUUGAUGUGAAACUAGAAGCCUCGGCUUUUUCUUGCUAUUCAAAGACUGGUCUCAAUUUUGGGGACAGCCUUGUGUUCAUGGCCGAUGAGAAGGCUAAUGUCAACAUCAGGCCUGGUCAGUCCUACAACUUGGAUGAUACUGAUCCAUUUGACUGCAAUGUACCAAUAGAUCUCAUCGAAUUGGAAACUUACAGGGUGGAAGAGUUAAAAACUCCCUUGAGGAAAAUAGAUUGGUCACCAAGUGUGCUUGCUAACAGGAAAAGAACUGAGCUGAUGGACUUCGUCAAGACACAUAAACCAUUUCAAAACAGUGCUACUCGGCCCACGAUUUUACUAAUUGGACCCCUUGGAGCAGGAAAAUCCAGUUUCAUCAACUCCACAGACGCUAUUUUUCGUGAGUUCAUCACUAAUCGGGCUUUGGCUGGAAAUGUUACAACCAAGUUUUCAAAGUACUCCUUCCAAGCAGGCAGAAUAUCACCAAGCCUAGUCCUCUGUGAUACAAUGGGACUUGCAGAAGAUAGAGAAUAUGGGAUUUCCAGUGAAGAUAUUGUCAACAUUAUCAAUGGAUUAAUUCCUAACCAAUAUCAGUUUAAUACAGCUUUACCAGUUGGAGUUGAUCAAAACAGCUCCACUGAUUCAACUGUGCAUUGUGUUGCAUAUGUUGUCGAUGCAAGCCAAAAUCCCAUCCUUUCCAGUCGCAUGGUAAAGAAAAUGCUUGGCAUUCAAUCACAACUUAACCUGUUAGGCAUACCGCAGAUCGUUUUACUAACAAAAGUGGAUAAAGCAUGCUUUCUAGUUGCAGACGAUUUGGAAUAUGUUUAUCGGAGUGAACACAUUACAAGAAAGAUAAUAGAAGUUGGAGAACAACUCAAGAUCCCAAUUACCUGCGUAGCUCCUAUAAAAAACUAUUGGUUAUCUCACGAGCUGGAUUGCUCUACAGAUAUUUUAAUACUGUCUGCACUGGUGCUGAUGCUGCAUUCUGUUGAUACCUACUUUGAGAAUAAGGCAAACUUAUUUUUAGAGUGAUGGUUUUUUUGGGUGAUGGUCACUGAAUAGUUUCAGCUUGGUUUAAAUGCUCCUAAUAACCUCUUGCAACUCUGCAAUGCUAUUACCCUGUUUAAAAUAAUGAAAUAAAAGCUUAAAGCCAAAGUUUGUAAUGUUGGGGAAGUGUUAAACUGACUGCAAAUGUCAUAGAGCUUUCUUUUAUAUGUUACAGUUAGUAUAGACUUUGCCUGUAAAGAAUUUUUGUCAAUUUAUCUACUGUGACCAUUGAACCUUUGAAUGAGGACUGAACUUAAAGCAAUGCAGAAACUAAAAUAAAAAGCUUGAAACAA